GCCACAUCCUGUGAUCUCGUUGGUAGUUUGGUGGUGUUGCCGGUCAGGAGGCGUCAUGGCGGUGUUUUGUGCUGUCAAGCUCUGUGCUCUGCUGUCACUGGCCGCUGCUGUAUACGAGGACCAAGUGGGCAAGUUUGAUUGGCGGCAACAGUAUGUGGGCAGGCUGAAGUUUGCUGCCUUAGAGUCAGGACUGGGAGCCAAAAAACUGAUUGCAGUAACCGAAAAGAAUAUCAUUGCCGCUUUGAACUCUAGGACAGGAGAUCUCUUGUGGCGUCAUGUCGAUAAGGACACUGCUGAAGGGUCAGUCGAUGGUUUGUUAAUGCUUGGGCAGGAUGCUAUUACGAUUUCUGGGGGAGGUCAUCUAUUGCGUUCAUGGGAAACAAACAUUGGAGGUCUAAACUGGGAGGCUGUUUUAGAGCCUGGCAGUUUUCAGACAUUUGGUUUUGGAGGCAGUCAGGAUGUGGCACGUUUUGUGGUUGUGUUGAAGAGUUCAGUGGUAUCUCUUCACUUCCUCUCAAAUGGGCACCAGAAAUGGUCUGAACCUCUCCCAGACAGUGAUACUGUGCAAUACCAGCUGGUUUAUUCUCCAUGGAAGGCGUUGGUCCAUGUGGUUGGAAUUGUACCUCAGAGUCACAUCCGCGUCAUAACUUUCAAUGUGGAAGAUGGAUCCAUCAUCCGACAGGUUCAAGUCUCCACUCCUUGGCUGCACACACUACAUGGCUCGUGUGGUGUAAUUAAAGAUGCUGUUUUGGUUUGCGGUGAUGUGGAAAGUGGCUCUCUCCACAGCCUUUCUUUACUGAAUGGAGAGGAGACAACGCAACAUUUCCUGCAGUCUCUAGGUGGUGUGGAACUGACUGAGAUCACACAGAUGAGUGUUAUAACCACAUCUCACAGGUCUGUCAAUACAAUACUGCCCCAGUUCUUCCUUCAAAUCUCCUCUCACCGCUUCCUACUGAUGCAGUAUCUUGAUGGUACGCUGACCUCACUGCUUCACUUGUCCCAGACUGUUCUUGUCACGUUUGCUUCCACGGGAGAUAAGACGGUGGCUGCUAUUAUGCAAUACAAGAUUAAUGCGAGCCAGAAAUCUGGGGCCACAACAAAUGAAUCUGAGAACCCAACACCACAGUCUUGUGCUCAGGAACCGUGGUCGUUUCCUGGUCAGAGCUAUAGUAUUAACCUGUUAUUGCCAGAGAGCGGACGGCGGCUGUUAGACACUAGUCUGAGCUAUACACUGGAGCAGAGCUGUGUGCGACCUGAUGAUCUUUUCCUCCAGCUAUUUCUGAAGAAGGAUGACUCAGUCGGAUAUCGGGCUUUGGUGCAAACUGAGGACAACCAGCUCCUGUUCUUUCAGCAGCCAGGGAAGCUGAUAUGGCAGCGAGAAGAGUCACUGGCUGAGGUGGUUACCAUGGAAAUGGUCGAUUUACCACUAACUGGAGCCCAGGCUGAACUGGAAGGGGAGUUUGGCAAGAAAGCAGAUGGAUUGCUAGGAAUGGUCCUGAAACGUUUAUCGUCACAGUUCAUUUUGCUGCAGUCUUGGAGCGCUCACCUUUGGAAGAUGUUCUGUGAUGCUCGCAAACCACGCAGCCAAAUUCGUAACGAGAUAAACAUUGACAACUUAGCCAGAGAUGAUUUUAAUUUGCAGAAGAUGAUGGUCAUGGUAACAUCUUCUGGAAAGCUGUUUGGAAUAGAGAGCAGCUCGGGAAGUAUCCUCUGGAAGUUUUACUUGCAAGGUGUGAACAGAGGAGCUUCAUUCAAACUACUGGUUCAGAGAACAACCGCGCACUUCCCACAUCCUCCACAGUGCACCCUGCUGGUUAAGGAUAAGGGGACUGGAAUGAGCUCUCUUUACGUUUUCAACCCUAUAUUUGGAAAACUAAGCCAGCUGACUCCCCCACCUCUGCAUCGCCCCAUUCUUCAGUCCCUGAUUCUCCCAAUAAUGGACAAUGACUAUGCCAAGGUGUUACUACUGCUGGAUGAUCAGCACAAGGUCCUUACUUUUCCAGCCACAAAAUAUGUUUUGCAGCAAUUACAGGAAUUGGCACCCACUAUCUUCUUCUAUCUGGUAGAUGCUGAAAAAGGCAAAUUGACUGGACUCCGACUGCAUAAGGACCUAACCACAGAAGAGAUCUGGGAUCUUGUGCUCCCUCCUGAUAUUCAGAGGAUGACUGUUGUGGAAGGAAAACGCUCAAAUGAACAUGUGCACUCACAAGGGCGUGUUAUGGGUGACAGGAGUGUCCUCUAUAAGUACCUAAACCCCAACUUACUGGCAAUUGUGACAGAGAGCACGGACACGCACCCUGAACGCUGCUUCAUAGGCAUCUAUCUAAUUGAUGGAGUCACCGGACGCAUCAUUCACUCCUCUGUACAAAGAAAAGCCCGGGGACCUGUUGAGAUUGUCCACUCUGAAAACUGGGUGGUGUAUCAGUAUUGGAACAGCAAGUCUCGCCGGAACGAACUCUCUGUCUUGGAGCUUUAUGAAGGAACUGAGCAGUAUAACAGCACAAGUUUCAGCUCCCUGGACAGGCCUCAUCUUCCUCAUGUCCUGCAACAAUCUUAUAUCUUUCCCUCUGCCAUCCGCUCUAUGCAGGCAACAAUUACUGAGCGUGGUAUCACCAGUCGUCACAUCCUUAUUGGACUUCCUUCUGGUGCCAUCCUCUCCCUUCCUAAAGCAUUACUGGACCCUCGGCGCCCGGAAAUACCCACAGAAUACACGAGGGAAGAGAAUUUAAUCCCUUACACUCCAGACAUUCAGAUUCAUGCUGAGCGCUUUAUAAAUUACAACCAGACUGUUUCCCGAAUGCGAGGAAUUUACACCGCUCCCUCUGGUCUUGAGUCUACGUGUUUGGUUGUUGCUUAUGGACUGGAUAUUUACCAGACACGAGUUUACCCUUCUAAACAAUUUGAUGUGUUAAAGGAUGAUUAUGAUUAUAUUCUUAUCAGCAGUGUACUGAUAGGCCUGGUUUUUGCCACAAUGAUCACAAAGCGGCUGGCCCAGGUUAAACUCCUGAACAGGGCCUGGCGUUAACCUGAAGCUAUGACGAGAGAACAUUUCUAUUCUUGAAUAACGGACCUGAUGAGCAGAGAGUUAUUAACUAUUUAUUUCAUUUCAUCCAGAAGAAAAGUGUCUGCAAAAUGGAAUGUUUUUUUGGGAAAACACUGAUUUAACUUGAAGUUCUAAGACACCACCCUGUUGCUGCUUUACCUCUAGUGAUGUAUGUGAUGCCGUGUAUGAGUUAGGGAACCUGGUCUUUAAGUCGGAUGAAUGAAAUGUCUGGUUAUCACUUAUGAGAUAUGGCCUUUUGUGUUUUUAUAUAUUACUUUGUUGCACUAACCAUUCUGCUGUCAUAGAUGACUGCAACAUAUUGCAAAACAUCACUCUGCGGCCCUUUUUGUCAGUCAAUAGGAAAUACGCUCAACGCAAAUGUGCUGUAUUCAUACAUUUCCCUCUAUCAUCUUCUGUGCUUGGAAUUAUUUUGGUUUGGUAUUCUGUUUUCCGUUGUUGGAUAAAAAAUAUUUUAAACAGGUUUUGCAUUUUUAAUUAUUAGAACUGCAAUAGGGUAAAUUAAAAAACAAACGUGAAAUUAGUGCAUAUUUAUUUAGUGUGUGCAAACCUGAAAUAAAUUAAUGCUGAGCAUGCUAAAGGACAGGCGCACGUCUCUCUGUGCCAGUAAAAUGUUUAUUAAAAAAAAAGAGCAAAGCAUUGUUUUUCUAGAUUACCACUAUUUAGAUCGUCGGACUUUGAACCAAGACAUCCAAUCACAUUUGCCUUUAUGAUCUAUGCUAACUUGUCCUACUGGUCAACUUCAUCCUAUAGGAAGUUGGUGUCUUGUGAGACAAAUGACCUGAAGUAUUUGAUUAUACUUAAAGGAACAUGAGCUUUUUGUAUGUUUUUUUAUCUUUCACAUUAAAGGGACACAAUCGUGCAAAAAUAAAAUGCUCUUGAAUUUAUUAUUGUACAUACAGUACAUGUGCAGCUAACUAUUCCAUGCUAAGGCGUUAAAAGGGUAUGGAACCCAAAAAUAUUCUUUCAUGAUUCAGAUAAGGCACUGGUUUUACAACCUGCACUCAGCCCCCCCCCCCCAUUACAGGCCAGAUUUUCAGGAUUACCUUGGGUGAGAGCUGUUAAAACGAUGUUUAUUAAUCAGCUGAUUAUUUCACCUAUGCUCUAGUUCAGAUAGUCUCAAAAUCUGACCUGUUAGAGAGGCCUGAGAACAGGUUUGAAAAGCAGUGAGAGAGAACAUAUCAUUUUAAACAACUUUCCAAUUAACUUCUGUUUUUGGCUCUUUGUAUCCCUUGUUGAACAACAUACCUAGGUAGGCUCAGGAGCUGAGAACUAGCUGCUAAUUGGUGGUUGCACAUGCAUACCUCUUAUCAUUGGCUUUCUGAUGUGUUCAGCUAGCUCCCAGUAGCGCAUGCAAUAAAGGAUACCAAGGGAAUGAAGCAAAAUUAAUAAUAAUAAGAAGUAAAUUGAAAUUGUAUGUUCUUUCUGAAUCAUGAAAUAAAUAUUUUGGAUUUCAUGUCCCUUUUUAAUCUUGUGCACAGGGGAUGCUUCACACCGAGUCCUGAACAGGACACAGCAGGUGAUUGGCCGCUUUGUACAUAUGCUACUUCUGAUUAGCUUACCAGCCAUGUUCUGUUUAUGAAGGGCAAUGCAUUGCAGCUGUAUUGCAGACUUUAAGUAGAAAACCCCUUAGCUGGGCAUUUUAUUUUUGCAGUAAAAUUUCCCUUUAACCCUAUGUGUAACCAAUGAACAUGUGGUAGACUGUGUCCCUGUUAUUUAAUGAUGUACAGGUUACAGGAUACAGAAAAUAUACCUCUCUGUAUUUGAUUUGUACACAAAGGAUAAAAUAGACUCCCCAUCUUGGAAUUUUUCUGUAAACGAGAUGGGGAGGUGUUGCACAGAUUAUGGGUUAAUUUUAUAUGUGAUGCAUGACUGGUAAAGGUGGCUGUAAACCGGCCUGUAAUAUGUGUGUGCACAACACUGUAUGUGUGUAGAUUAGUAUAAAAAUAAACCCCGAAGAUUGUUAUAGACUAAAACUGACCACCACAUAUUCAAAUCUGGAAUGAAAGGAACUUUUUAUGUAAUUAUACAAUAAAAUAAAUAUAUAAAAAACUGCCAAUUAUGUGACUGAAUCACUCUUGUGUGGAAUACAAUAUUAAUUAUAUUCUAAGAGGAAAAUAAAAGUGAUGUGUUAAAGGGACAUGAAACUCAAAUUUCUUCUUUCAUGAUUCAGAUAGAGAACACAAUUUUAAACAACUUUUCAAUUUACUUCUAUUAUAAUUUGCUUCAUUCUCUUGGUAUCCUUUGUUGGAGGAGCAGCAAUGCACUACUAGGAGCUAUCUGAAGAUAUUGGUCAGCCCAUUACCAUAGGCACAUACAGUUUGUGCAGCAACCUAUCAGCAGCUCCUUAGUCUACCUAGGUAUCAUUUUCACCAAAGAAUAUCAAGAGAACACAACAAAUUAGAUAAUAGAAGUAAAUUAGAAAUUUGUUUAAAACCACAUACUCUAUCUGAAUCAAGAAAGAAAGAAAAAUGGGUUUCAUGUCCCUUUAACUUGAAUUCAUCACUUCCUUUGCAAAACAUAAAUAAAAAAUAAAAUGAUUAAAUUAUGCUUUUGCAAAAAUAAAGACAUUAUUGUAAAAUAAAAUUCCGAUUUACUUAUGUUGUGUCUCGGGUUUCAUGAACUUUAUCAUAGGUUGAAUCAUCUGAGCAGUGCAAUCCUAAAACUGUUGACUGCUGAUUUUCUGUACGGACCAAGCAGUCUGGAUCAAAGCGUAGGAUUAAUCACGAAAAUUUGUACAUUUAGAAAUUUGAUUUAAUGCUGAAUAACAAUAUAUUGCAAAAGAAGAAUUACGAAGAUUUCUAGCAGGGAUAUGGUUAAAAUAUGAGAUGCUUCUUAGAAUAAAAAUGUUCUUUAUCAAGGUUACAAAAAUAAAAAAUAUUUAUAAAA